AUGAACCCCCAUCAGCAGAACAAGAUCGAUACCAGCAAACUGAGUCCCGAUGAGCAGCGUCUGCUUCGUCUCUAUGGCAAGAUGCCUAACAAGAAAGAUCUGCUCCAGAACAAGCUCAAGGAGCGGAAAUAUUUUGAUUCAGGCGACUAUGCUCUCAGCAAAGCCGGAAAAGCCUCAGAUGUCGGUGUGACCAACAUCGGCUCACAACACCCAGUUCCCGAGAACAUUCCUCAUUUGACAGCUACCUCGCCUGGUGCGAACGCUGCGGGCAAUGGGGGAAGCAUCAGCGCUCAGGGUGGACAGCAUAUUCCUGGGAGCAUCAGCAGCCAUCCGGGGUCUGUUGGAUUCCAAAGCCGCAGCCCCGUCAAGGAGGGCAGCUUCCUUCAUCGCGGAAGAAGUGUGGAUGAAUCUGACAACGUGCCCCACACAGCGGACAAUAAGGGCUCGGAUGAAGCUGUAAGCCCACCCCCUGCUACUGAAGGCGUCCCAAUCCGGCGAUGAUUGAGCACAAAAGACGAUCGUUUUUCAUGAUCCUAUCUUCAUCCACGCUCCCUCCCUUAUCAUAACAGUUAAGUUAGUACAAAAAGAGCCUGGCGCCUUGGUUUUCUUCUCUUCUUUUGUGUAAUAAUGUUGGUUUCGGCUUCGGAACAUGUUCACAGUUGAGGGGUCAGAAAAAGCAAAUUGACUGUGCGGGGUAUUCGAAAGCCCUUGGUCACCUGAACACCUACAGCAUAGGGAGUACUUUGCUUCGCCUUGUUUCCUUUUGCUGGAGAAAGGAAGAGACUGCUGGCUUACGGACGGCUGUCUCCCCAUACAAUCCUGUUAGCUGGGCUCAUGCAGGGUCUGCGUUUGUUUCGAUUCGGCGCUUGCUUGGUCAUGAUAUUAUUAUUCCCUCUGCCAUUAUUCCUCUUCUUUGUUUAUAUCCACAAAACGUUACCUUAUUGCUUGCUUCGCUGUUACCAUUUAUCUUCGUCUUACAUAUCUUGAAUGAUUCUUUGAGACAGUUUUGGUUGGCCUCGCGAAUUUGAUGUUUGCCAUGAGGCGCUGGGCUGUAUUUAGUACAGAUUGUUGAUAUCCUGGGGGUACUUCAAUCAUUAUCUACCGAUUUACAGGCUGCCGGAAAGCUAGUUACGGCGAAGUGCUAGCAGGCCCUUAAGUGAAUCUUA